UCUCUCUCUUCCAUCACGCGCACGCGACCCUCGUCGCCACCGCCCACGAUGCCGUCCCCCCGCCGCCUCCGCCUCGUCAUGCUCGCCGCCAUCGUCACCGUCGUCCUCAUCCUCUUCUACUCGUCCGGCCUCGACGACAGCAAAAAGGACACGCGCUCCUUUCAAGACUUUUACCACAAGACCAUGGACGGCAUGAGCAGCAACAAAAAGUCAUCGCCACCGCCCCCCGGUCAGGCCGUCCUCGACUCCAAGACGGGCGUCAGGGCGGGCCACAUCCCCGCCGACACGGACGGCGACGGCGACGUCGACGACGACGACCGCCGCGCCUCGGCCGGCACGAAGGAGCGCCUCCGCCAGGCCGAGCAAAAGGCAAAGGACCUGGCCAACGAGAAGUCCCCCCUCAAGCCCGACCCCCCCAGCGAGGUCGUCGGCAAGGGCAACUCGGCCGACGGCCAGGUCAAGAAGAAGCCCGCCGACGCGGGGAGCGGCGUCGGUAAGACCAAGGACGCGCCGCUGUCCAAGGAGGAGCAGGAGAUGGACGCGGAGCUGAAUGCCAUACUGAAGAAGGCGCCGGUCAUCAUCUUCUCCAAGACAUACUGCCCCUACUCCAAGCGCGCCAAGGGCAUCCUCCUCGAGAAGUACGCCAUCACGCCCGCCCCUUACGUCGUCGAGCUCGACGAGCACCCCAAGGGCCGCCCCCUGCAGGACCGCCUCAAGCACAAGACGGGGCGCGGCACCGUCCCCAACGUCCUCAUCCAGGGCGUCAGCAUCGGCGGCAGCGACGAAAUCGUCGAGCUCGACAACGCCGAUAAGCUCGUCGCCCGCAUCCGCGGCCUCGCGGGCAAGGGCGUCGAGGUGUCGGAGCGGUUCAGCGCCAGGGCGGGGCAUAACCACUGAUUUUGGUCUUGGUUUUUUACUCGGACCGGCUCGCCACACAAAACCCCACCCAUCCUUUGUCCGGGGCUGGGGGAGCUUAAAUGAUGGAUUGGCCCCCCUUCCCCCCUUCUGGCUGGUGUAAUGUGAUGACAAUGCUCUCGUUGGGAGCCGGAGCAUGUAUAUGGAACGGGGAGAUUUCGGGUUGGCCAUUUUGGGGGCACGGGGCACGAGAGUCGCGGCAUCAUGGAGGCUGGGUUCGCAUUUGAUAUCAGGAGUUAUGGCGUCUUGGAGAGUGUAAGGUAUGGA